UACCUACAUACAUGCCCACAUACAGAGCCAUUCAUUCAGCUUCGGAUUUUGUAAAAGCUGCUAUUUAAAGAGGAAACUGAUACUUACAAAUGCGACCCUUGCGCUUUUAGCUUUUUCAAUUUUAUACUCUUUUUUUUUUUUACGGAAACACCGAAAGGCAACCAAGUAAUGGCAAUGCUCAAUCAUUUCAUGGCAACAUAUUGGAGGAAUUUUCUGGCCAACCGUACAAAUAAGCAGCUGUUCUUCAUUUUACGUGCCUUACACAAGUCAGCAGCCAGCGAAGCGUAUGGAAUGUCUGCGGCUGCAGAAGGUGAACGCUCGAUCAAAACCCAGGAUGUUGGCGGGGAAACCAGAAUUAAGACGCUGAAGGAGAUGCCCGGGCCAAGCACCUUAGCUAAUUUGAUCGAGUUUUUCUGGAGAGACGGUUUUAGUAGAAUCCAUGACAUUCAGCUGGAGCACAGAAAAAAGUAUGGCAAAAUCUUCAAGUCCCGCUUUGGGCCCCAGCUGGUGGUCUCAAUUGCGGAUCGUGACCUGGUGGCUCAGGUGCUGAGAUCUGAGUGUGAGGCCCCUCAGAGAGGAAACAUGGAUUCCUGGAAGGAGUACAGAGACAUGAGAGGCCGUUCCACUGGCCUCAUCUCAGCUGAGGGAAAAGAUUGGCUGAAGAUGCGGAGUGUGCUCAGACAGCUCAUUAUGCGUCCCCAUGAUGUAGCAGUCUACUCUGAUGAUGUGAAUGAAGUUGUAGAUGACCUGAUCAAGAGGAUUUGUAUUCUGCAAGCUCAGGAGUCUGACGGAGUAACUGUCCUCAAUGUGAAUGACCUCUUCUUCAAAUAUGCCAUGGAAGGUGUUGCAGCCAUUUUGUACGAGUGCCGACUAGGCUGUUUGGAAAAUGAAAUUCCCCAGGAAACUCAAGACUACAUCAAUGCACUGCAUCUCAUGUUCAGCUCCUUUAAGACAACCAUGUAUGCUGGAGCGAUCCCUAAGUGGCUCCGACCUAUUAUCCCCAAACCAUGGGAGGAAUUCUGUUUCUCCUGGGAUGGCCUUUUCAAUUUCAGCCUUAUUCACGUUGACAAGAGGUUUGCAGAAAUCAAGGCCCAGCUAGAGCGGGGUGAGGAGGUGAAAGGGGGAAUGCUCACUCACAUGCUUCUCACCAAGGAGUUGAGUAUGGAGGAAAUCUACGCCAACGUAACGGAGAUGCUACUGGCUGGGGUCGACACGACAUCCUUCACCCUUUCGUGGGCCACCUACCUAUUAGCACGACACCCUCAUAUACAGCAGCAAAUCUUUACAGAAGUGACAAGUACUCUGGGACCUGGAACAAUCGCCACAGCUGCCGAUAUCGCUCGUCUGCCUCUCAUCAGAGCACUGGUCAAGGAGACACUUAGGCUUUUUCCAGUUCUCCCAGGCAAUGGACGUAUCACUCAGGACGACUUGGUGGUGGGUGGAUACUUUAUACCCAAAGGGACUCAGUUGGCCCUGUGUCACUACUCCACAUCUAUGGAUGAAGAGCACUUCACUGAUGCUUCAGACUUCAGACCAGAUCGCUGGAUACGGAAAGAUUCCACAGAUCAUGUUGAAAACUUUGGGUCAAUUCCCUUUGGCCACGGUAUCAGGAGCUGCAUCGGCAGGAGAAUAGCAGAGUUAGAGAUGCAUCUAUCUCUCACAAGGCUCAUUCAAAGAUUCCACAUCGGCAUGUCUUCUGUCACCACUGAUGUCAAGGCCAAAACCCAUGGCCUGCUCUGCCCUGCUGCCCCCAUCAACCUGCAGUUCACUGACAGGGAAAGCUACACAUAGAUGAGGUUUACUGUACAGUAUGUUUUUAAAUACUCUACACUGCUUUUAGUACACCCUCUGGUGUUACAUUUUAUAAAACAAAGUGAGACUGAAGAUUAACUCAGGGAAGAAAUGUGUCUUCUGCUGUUCAUUAGUGAGGAGGACACUAAAAUGGUACUGGACCAAUAAUGUAAGGUAAAAGCUGCUCUGAAUGUGUAUUAUUUGUAUUUGAACAACCACUGCCACUAUUUGUUUGUUUAUUGCUUCCAGUCAAAAUUUUAAAAAACAGUAAGUGGAAAAAUGAAUCUGUGUAAUGAAACAGUGUUCUUGUAAAGUGCAUGCAUGUAUGCACAGUGUCCUUCCUAUAGCAGUUCACUAAGAAUGAUGAAUUGAAAUAAAAGUACUGGAAAUGAA